AUGUCGACGGCGGAGGAGAGCACGACGUACUACCACUUCUUCGUCGUGGCCAGCGUCUAUGUCCUCAAAGCUCUCAACGGAAUCGUCGAUGAGCCGUACAUGGACGAGCCGUUUCACGUCCCGCAGGCGCAGGCGUACUGCAGGGGCGAAUUCGACGUAUGGGAUCCUAAGAUCACCACCCCGCCGGGACUGUACAUUCUGAGCACCAUCCUCAAACGCAUCUUCCUCCUCAAGUGCACACUGCCCGUCCUCCGCCUUACCCCGCUCCUCACCCUCAUCUUCCUCCCGCCAGUUCUCACCCUCCUCCUGGCCUUCCACAAACGCAUUCGCGCGCCACCUAUCUUCCCGCCGUUCGCCAAUUCCGAGGCAACGAUCCUUGCCUCCUUCCCCGUCGCGUGGUUCUUCGGCUUCCUGUACUACACCGAGGUCCCCAGCCUGCUCACCGUGGUCGGUACCGUCGUUGCGGCUGGUAACCAGCGUCACUGGCUCGCCGCCCUCCUAGGCCUCGUCAGUUGCGCCUUUCGCCAGACGAACAUCGUAUGGGUCCUUUACGCCUUUGCCGCCGGGGCCCUCGUGCAGCUCCGCUUCCAACGGGCUGUUUCUGACGUUAAGGUAUCCGAGAAGCCAUCGUCCAAGGGUUCAGCUCAGCUGCACGACCCACUCGCCCUCGAGGCUAGCAUAGAUGACCUGCUCCCGCUACUGAGAUCCAUCCCGCGUAGUGUCUCCACGCUCCUGCGCACGUUCAUCCCCUACUCGCUGGUGCUAGCCGCCUUUGCCGCUUUCGUAAUCUGGAACGGCGGCAUCGUCCUUGGGGACAAGGCGAACCACGUUCCCGCGCUGCACGUCCCGCAGUUGUACUAUUACUUCGGUUUCGCGACCGCGCUCGGAUGGCCUGUACUCGUUGGCGGCGGGGACAACGCUCUAGACCUUGCGCGCGAGAUCAAAGCGCGCAUGUUCGGGUCGAGGCGACGCGUGUUGGUAACGGCGGCGAUCUCCGCGUUGAUGGCGGUCACGGUGCACCUGUUCACGGUUCACCAUCCGUUCCUGCUCGCCGACAACAGGCACUACACCUUCUAUGUCUGGCGAAGGGUGUUCAUGCUCCACCCCCUUGUGCCGUACCUGCUCAUCCCGGGCUAUAUCGCGUGUGCCUGGGCCUGGUUCCUCAGAGUUGGUCACGAUCAGACGCUCCUGCAGACGCUGAUCCUGCCAGCAUGCCUGCUGCCCACCCUCGUGCCUACACCAUUGCUUGAGCCGCGCUACUUCCUCGUACCCUACAUCCUCAUGCGGGCCCAAGUCAAGGACAUGCGCACAUGGGGCCUCGUCGCGGAAGGCGCGUGGUAUGCGGCCAUAAAUGCUGCGACGAUGUAUGUCUUCCUGUGCAAGGAGAGGGAAGGUGUUGGCCGGUUCAUGUGGUAGGCUCCGGCCUGUCCGUGAUGUGUAACUAUCUGCAAUGCUAUAUAUCGCUACGAGCUAUUUAUCUAUUUAUCG